UCAAUGGGGUCCCUGAAGCUCUUUUCCAUGCUGGCUUGCCUUAAUAAUUCUCUACUAGGUGAAACAAUAUGUGCAAGAGAAAUCACUUAACUUGUACCUUCUUUCUCUUCUUUUUUAUUCAGGUUAAUGGAGUGGAGUUUUAAAGCUUAGAUUUACAAUGUGUCUCUGGAUGGCCUUCCUUCUAAGUUGCAUUACCGUGACUGAAUGCACAGAUUCAUCAGAAACACAACAGCAAGUUGUUCUUGUAGCAGUGAAACAAAUUGAGAUAACAUUUCCCAGCAACUUUAAAGAUAACAAAGAAUCCCGGGUGUCAUUGCUCAGAGGGGUAAAAAAGUCCAUAACUGUCUGUAGUGGAUCCUUCAACUCCUCCUAUCAGUCAUUUGAGUCUAAUGCUUACCAGUCCAUAAGGUGCAUUGGCAUUCCUACUGAAAACAAGAUCACCUUUCAUCUGUCAGGCCUGACUGAGAAUCACACAGACAUUUAUUUUUUCCGCAAAGAGGACAUGUAUCCACCCCCUUAUACCUGUUAUCAAGACAAUGGCACUGUCAUUCAUGUUAAAGAGUUAGUCGCUCCAGUAAAGGACCCAUUACCACAACCUCAAUGGCCACUGCUGGUUGCUAUUGGAGUCAUGGCAGCAUACAGCCUCACUAUUACUGCAGCAUUCUUUUACAUUUUGAAAAAAGGACGGAGAACAAGGGUGCUACAAAGUGAAUACAUCAAUGUGGUACCACGAAGGCCAAAGUGUCAUCAGCCUUAUGCUCCUGCCCCUGUCCACUGUCGCCCUCGCUGAUCAGGAUGCCAGUAUUUUGCAACAAAAUGCACAAAGUGGCGACUGAUACUGGAUACUGACCACCUAGCAGUGUAACUGCACCUAUAGCAACACUUGAAUAUAGGACAGCCGUUUCAUUUCUCACAUGUUCCACAUGGCAAGAGCAAGAUUUUUUUUUAAUCUACAUUAGAAAAAUCUGUGGUUUAUUUAUUGAGAGUAACAAUAGUUUAAAGUUUAAAGUAAAGUGAUAUUAACAGUAAAUGAAUGCAUUUCAUAGAAAAUGUUAAAAUUGAACAAUGGGAAGUAAAAAACUAGUGUGAUACAGCCAAUAAAAUAAAAAAAAAAAUCCUACAUCAUACAGCCAACAAAUCUGUAGCAUUAAACAUGGGAUACUAUGUUGUCUGGAAUCUUAGAUCUCCCAAAAUGAUACAUUUUAUUCACUCCUAGAAAUAUAAACAUGUGAUUACAUUUCCAAAAGACAUUUGCACCUUGGAUUCUUUUUUGUUUUGCUUGUGUUCGUAUUGCCCUUGUGAACCUAGACUAAAUUAUAGACCGUUUUGGGCAUGUUUGAUGUUAGCUUUAUACAAUUUAGGCAUCAAGUUUUUAAAAGCAGUUCUGUUCUGUUUACCAUGUUGGGGUUGUGGCUGUUGUCACUGGUCAACACUCACAUGUCUAAAUGUAAUGGUCUCUUGUGCCAAGGUUUGACAAGAUAUAUUGUGACAGAGACCCUCCUGUUCUUGUAAAAUCAGGCAAUGCCUUUUACAUAAACAAGAAGCAGCCAGUAUGGUUUUGGGUGCAUCUCCACCAACACAUUUUAUUUGAGAACUGCCUCUUCUAGCAGUGUCAGAAUAGCUCACUGAAGUCAGUAAGAACUGGCCAGCAUGAUAGGGGUCAUUUCUAGACCAGAUCAAAAUAUGCUGGAGCAGAGAAUUUUACGAUCACCAGCAAAGUGGGUAGUUUGCACUUUUAUGUGGAGUAAGUUGUGCAUAAAACCACUUUCAUUAAACAUACUUAAAAUGAGAUCUAGUUUCUGUAUAUUUGAGCUCGCUGCAGCUCAGUGCUAAAAUAAUGAUGAACUUGUAAAAUAAUGACUAUAUUGAAAAUGCUUGAAGUCUUGUUAGAAACAUGCGAUAAGCCACAUUAUUUUAGAUCUAAUUUAUAAUAAAAGUCAGAACAUUUGCACCAAGUAUGUUAACCCAUGGCAACCAAUCAGAUGUUACCUUUACCAUAAUGAUAUUCUGUUUACUACAGGUUUUCUCUUAGAAAUGUGUUUAUUCUUUUUAUAUUCCACAAUAAAUUUCUGGAUAUAGAACCAA